AUGUGUAUAUUGUACCCAGUGUUCCGCCGUAAUCAAACUGCGGCCUUUAUGGCACCGUCCCGAAUCCCACAGUGCGCAUGGGUUCCAAGCUUACUGUACAAUAUACUCACGGUCGAACGAGGUGCUACAGUCAUCUCUUUCGCAGAGAAAUCGCCUCACGCGGCCCCCCUGCCACACCAGAACACGAGGUUAUUGAAUUGCCCAUCGGCGGCGAUACGACCUCAUGCGUCUGUACGAAGUCCAAUAGGCCCGCGAAAUGUGCUCAUUCAUCUCCCUCCUGGACCUUCGAUCGGGGUAGUAGCCCCCUCAUCCAUCGACCGUCUAUCCUAUUUGCAUACCCUUCUUCCUCCGGAGACGUCACUGGUCACGAUCAACUACCGACUGGGCCAGAAUGGAGAAUCUACCGAUUCGUCCCAAGAUAACUCUUGCUUUCCAGUCCCCAUUCACGAUGUGUCAACUGCUUGGAGCUACCUGACCUCUUCGACAUCCCCAUUCAACGCAGAUCAAGACGGAGAACCAAAGAUAUGCCUUUUGGGCAGCCACAUCGGUGGCGCAUUGGCGACAAUGCUAGCAUUGACCGAGCCCAAUCGUAUCCAUGCCUUGGCCGUGGUUGCGCCGAUGGUAGAUUGGGUUGGACUGGAUGAGGUGGUGGAACCGCCUCGCGCGACGGACACAUCACAUACACCACGACAGAGGCAGAAACAUAAGAUCGCCGCACGAUUUGGUGCCAACAAUCAAUCUGUCAUCGCCGCCGCGGAGGCCUUGAUCCGGUUGCGGGCAAAACUAUUUUCAACUCCGUCGUCAUACUUCGAUCCCUGUGCGAGUCCUCUGCUGUUUCUACGCGCCCCGGGCAGAGAUACUCCGUUCGAGAACACGGUUGGCGACCAGGGGGUGAGUGUGAUGGGCUUGGAUCAAGUUCAAGGCGGGGAUGCCGAAUGCUAUUCCGACGGCUACUGGGAUCAAUCGGCUUCUUCAGCGAGCUCGCCCUCUUCGACUACAACGACGGAAUCGUCGGAGCAAUCUCUCUCAUCCACUCCCUCCGCAGUCAGUAACUCUGAUAGCACUGUAGCGUCGGAUAGAUUGACACCAUCUUCCUCGAGAGAACCCAGACCCCCACCACGUCGUCGUAAGGUCCUCUGUCGCUGGCCUUCAGUGGGACGACCAGAAUCCGUGAGGCUGCCGUAUGUGAAAAUCUUCAUAUCCGGCCAACGGGAGGCCGGGACCGUGUCUGAGCCGCCGUCUGUCUCCGACGAUGCGGAAGCGGUGGAUCUGAUUCAGGGUCAAGCGGCCUUGAUGCGCGCUCAAGGCAGCGAGCUUGCUGAGCUGAUGCGACGAGCAUGUUUCUUCGGCCGAGAGAAAGGGCUAGCGGAGGAGAGAGUGCAUUUGUCCGAGCAGGUCUCUCCCGGCACGAACACGGACGAGACUAUAUCUCACACCGCAGUGGAUCAGCAGACCGCACAAACAAUGAUGCAGGAGAAUGCUACCCGGUGGGUAGGGGAGAUUUUCGCACGCGAGUGA